UGUACAUCGCUCUUGUACCCGCGCCUUCGGACGAUCUCAAUUAGUACCGUUCCUUCUCAAGUAACAGCGGCAUUUUGCGCCAAACUCAAAGCUGUACAGCGGAAAAGAAAAUUUGACUUUGCUAAUGAGCGAAGUACUAAUUAUCUGCUUACAAAACAACAAAACAAAAGACGAUAAGCCCCACAACGCAUUCACGGUGCUAUCGCCACUGAAGAUUAGAAACGUUAACAGAUCGCAACAAAGCCGCACAGAAUUCUGUCUUCGCUAGUAUGGUUUUUCAAAGUUAGGUUUGUAAACUCCCUUUUCUUUAAUUGUAUCUUUCGUUUAAACGUUUCACGUUGAUAAGUUUUGCCUUCCCACAGAUAAUCUUUUUAGCUAGUUGCAUCAGCAAUUUUAUAUAGUCGUGAUGGUAACAAACAAUUUUAAGCGAGAUUUUUAUUUAAAAUAUAUUUAGUUCAUGCGUUCAUGCACAUUUACCUUUCUCUCACUUUUUUCAUAGUUUCAUGUUAUAAUAGCUCACAGUUAUCCCUAUUUUAGACGUGAAGUUAGAGGACCUCUGUCUCCUCUGAGUUGAGAGAAUGGUGGACAUAACAACAUUGGAGCGACGACCCUAUCUAUUUAAAUCUGGUCCGGCCCAGCAAAAUCAUAUAAAUUUCAAGUGUAAGUUAGUACGAGCAACGCUUUGGUUAUGAUAGCAAUAUUGUUCUACUAUUUUCAGAAAGAAAUAUUCAGUAUCAAAGACUCUACUGCGAGACCGGUAAAGGAGCCAUGGACAAUCAGACAACUUUCUCUGGUAGGUCAUAGCAUUAAAUGAAGUCUGAAGUUGGUUGAAGGCUAGUGUCGAUCAAAUACUGUCACGGAUUUAUCGCGUGAAAUAUACUCCUCAUUUGUUAGUUAUCUGUAUUGUGUAGCGAGCAUGAUGUAAUGAAGUUUACAGGUAAAAGACAAUAAGAAAAGAGCCAUAAAGUCAAAAACAAUACGAACAAAUUUAUAAUAACUUUACCAGACAAAAAUUAUCAUUGAGUUUCAAUAGCAUUCGCAUGGAUAGACUGUAUGUUUAGCCUAGAAAUUUGAGUUGCUCUUUUCCUGGGAUUGGUCAGAAUAAUGCUGUUAUCUAAUACAGAACUGAUUUUUUACGUAGUUAGAUUAACUGAGCUGAACAGAACGCCACUAAACACAAGAAAUUAGCAUUAAUAUAUCAAUAAGUAGAUAUGAUAAUACGUACUAGAUUACUCGAACCUUUGAGAUAAUAUUUGUUAUUCAAAUGAAAAAUCCUGAAUAAGAUAGGUGUCCUUUUAAAUGUCUUUAAGUGACAUAUGAAAAAGAAAAUACUGCAUGAUAAAUUCAUAACGUCGGUUAUUUAAACGAAAUCUAACUUAGGCCACGGUUUAAGAAAUAAUUGGACCUCUAGAUUUCUUUCUUAGUGGGUUAGUUAAAAAAAAAAAGUAAGCGCUUUUCCAGCCUAGGCUAUAAUGGUUUAUUAAAAUUGUUCACGAUUUUAAAUGGUGUUUAUAGAUAAAAGCGUGGGCAAACUGAAAGUGGUAUUAAUAAAAAGCGGUUUUUAAACAUGGGCUACUAGGAACUCCUUUUAAAUAACUGCUUGGCCCAUACAUACAGCUCAAAAGGUGAAUUAUCACCUUGGCCAAUUUAUCUUUCACUCGGUCGAACGCCUGCGAUAAUCAGUUUACUUCUAUAAAAGUUUCCUUUUUGUGCGCAUUUUUGUGAAAAUAAUGACUCAACGUCGUUCUUAUCCGAAUAUCAAAGUACAUUAUAAGUUCCAUAAUAAACGAGCUCUAAUUAAACCUUAACUUAGCUUGGGCAGCUGCUACAUAACUAAAAGGUUUUCAUUUUUUUGUUCCGUAAGUUAAGGAGCAAAAGAAGAUAUAUAUUAGUUUUUCAUCUGCGUCAUCCUUUUGACAGGCAAGUAGGAAAGAAGUACAAAUAUUCCAAUAAAAACAGAGGACAACGUAUAGAAAAAUGAAGAAUGUCUACCUGGGCAGACAUAGACAGUCAUAAACAGUGGAUUCCUAAUCUUGUUAACAAUUAAGAGAAGAAAGUUUUGGCUAUCGAAGUUCUUCAACCUCAGACAACUGUGCGCCUCCCAACUUCUUGAAAUCUGGAUAUGAGAUGAGACACUUUGUCUUGUGUUACAUGAGCCACUUGUUUCAGCGUUCUACCUGCGCCACCAUCCAUAUGCAUAUAAUACUUAACAAUUAUUCCACGAGUGCGCGUUGGAUAUGAGAUGGUAGUUAACCAAUGAGGCGCGUAGCGCCGAGUUGGCUAUAAUUAUCUCAUAUCCAAUAAGCGCGAGUAGAAUAAUUGUUAAGUAUUAUGUGCAUAUGGGUGAAGGCGCAGGUAGAACGCUGAGACAAGUGGCUCAUGUAACACAAGACAAAGUGUCUCAUAUCAUAUCAGAAGUUGGGAGGAGAAAUCGAGAAUUCGUCCCAAUUUUAUUUGUAAAAACAACUGAUUUUCAGCCUGUUUUUAUAAUAUUGAGCAUGGUAUAAUGGCUCAUAUCCGGCAGCUCUGAAUACAUGCGUAUCUCAUGAUGUUGGCGUGGCCAAUCAGUGGUACAAUGAAAAUGGGAUGUUAGUUAAUGAAAGCAAGCACCAGUGUCUAAUCCUCGGUGGUACGGAGUAUGGUUUUUUCUUCCCAGUAAAGGAGAUUUUUGGAAUGGAAAUAGAUAAUGAACUGAAUUUUUCUAAACAUAUAUCAAAUGUAUGCAAAAAGAUUAAUAAUCAAUUUAAUGUUAUGUUGCGCUUUCGAAAACUCAUACGCAGGGAAAUCUUAUUCAAACUUUACAAAGCGUAUAUUUUACCUCAUUUUUAUUAUUGCUCCUCUGUCUGGCACUUUUGUGGAGCGCGCGAUGCGGAUAAGCUUGAAGCUUUAAAUAAAAGAAUACUUAGAUUUAUACUUGGAGAUUACUCGUCUCCAUACAACACUCUUCUCUCAAAAGUCAGCUCUACUUCGUUGUGUAACAAACGCAUUCAAAAUUUCCUCAUUCUGUUAUAUAAGAGUUUGUUUUUCACUCAUUUUCCUACUUAUAUGGAGAAUGUGUUUUGACUCCGGUCCUCUUUCUAUGAUCUUCGUGGCAACUACAUUCUUUCACUAUACUAAGUAAACCUAAAACAACUACCUAUGGUCUUAACUCCUUUUCUUACUUUUCAGCUAAGCAGUGGAAUGCACUGCUGGACUUUUUUAGUACCAGUUUUUUCGCAGACUUUAAGACCAAAAUACAGGAUGUUACCUUCAUAUAGAUUCUUUUUGCCUGACAUACUUAAACUUAAAACUGUGAAUUGUAAAUAAUAUAUAUAUUUUUUAUGUGCUUAUUAUUAUUAAUAUUAUUUUAUUAUUAUAACUUAUAAUGCAUUUAAUGUAUAUAUAUAUAUAUUUCUAUAUUAUUUUCAAGUAGUGUCAGCUCGAAGAUAUUAGCUUGUUAGCUACUCUAAAAUUCGACUAUAAAUAAAGCGAGUUUAUAUAGAGAAUACUUCAUGGAAAGUGCUGGCGUACGGUAUUUACGCACGAGUUGUUGACGUAUCAGAAAUCGAACGAGUGAGCGCAGCGAACGAGUAAGAUUUCUGAUACAAAAACAACGAGUGCGUAAAUACCGUACAAAGCACUUUCCAUGUGGUAUUGUGUUUAUUAUAUACAUACUGAGUCAUUCAUCAUUUUGCGGGCCUUUUUAUUUUAAAUCUUUCAAAAAUGCUAAAAUUUGCCGCUACACACUUACCGCAAAAUGACAACGAAAACGAAGUAUCAGCUUUUUAGUAAAAACGUUUGUUAAAAACAUAAAUGACGGUGAGGAUAUGAGGUUUAAUCCAAGAACUAUAAGUAAUCUUAACUGUUUGUUUUCAAUACACAAUUGAAAAUGAGUGAAUUUAAGUAAAAUGGCCGGUUUCAAUAUAAGCUUAAGCUUAAAUGAAAGGCAAAGUAGCUCCGACAAAAAGCACAACAAAAGCUUACGUCUCGUUCUGUUAAUCCCUUUCCGCUGUUGUUUCACCGGCUCUCUACCGUAUUUUUUUAUCGACAGUGAAACAAACGAAACUAUUCCACUCCAUUUCCGAAAUGUUUUUCACUUUUUUAGCGAGAAAAACUCCUUGAGUAAAACUUUUCUCGUUGAUAAAUGUGUGCGAAGCGGCGCUGCAAGCUGCAAUAAAGGGCGGGAAUUUUGGCGCGAAACUCCUACACCUCUGUGGCUUCUGAUUGGACGUAUCAUUUUUCUCACACGUGAAAAAACAUCGUUCGCGAUUCUGAUUGGACGUAUCGUUUUUUUCACGUGUGAAAACCAUCGUUCGCUCCUCUGAUUGGCUAUAACUAAUUUGCGUACGAAAAUUUACGACAUAGCUUUUUGGUGAGUAUUUCUCAGUAUGUAUAUAAUAAGUUAUGUUAUAUGCAAUGUUAUAAAAUAACUAAGAUAGUACGCGCGAUCUGAUUGGUCAAAAACCUAUGGUUUAUUAUACCGGUAAACCCAUAGAAAAAAGCACCCGGAACACGAGCCAUAUACAAAACGGGCUAUUGAUCUGCAAACAACGAUUUUAAAAAGAAUAAAAAAUAGAAAAAGUUUCUUACCCAGCCCUUCUUAAUAUUAAAAAGUGUUGUUUUCCACAUUUUAUUACAGAGCACCACAAUUUGCUACUGCCAUAGCUUUAAAAGUUAUAAAGUACAAAGCUGGAAAGCAGUUUAUAUUUCACAACGAUGCCAAAUUGCAGAGAAAGACAACAACUGUGUGAAUUUCUGGUGUAGAAGGUCUUUAGGAAAGCUUAACCAUGUGCCAACCAGCAACAAAACGGAUAGUUUUAGCAUUCGUGAUUUAUUUUACGUCAAAAUUAAAUUCCCCAAUGAAAAAAAUUAUUCCGAAAUUAAGAGAUAUCUGACCAAGUUAUGGUACAAAAUCGGCCGCUGAACGGCCGCUGCAGAUUGUAAACAAGCUGUAAACGAUGAUGAAAGAUGUCAGAGUGUCGCGCUGGUUUUUUUCCAACAUUUGCACAAAUUAUUCGGUGAUAUGGAUGCCAUAACCUACUUCAAACCACCUGACUUUACAAAUCGACAAAUAUUAACGCUAAUAUGUGGCUACGGCAAAGAAACCUUUCUCCAAAUUCAGAGCUACCACUGACAUAUUUCCAUCCGUCGCUCUACAUACAUACGUUACAUGCGACAACUUCGCAAAUGCAGCUACGUCGUUACCGCAACAUUUCUUGAUCACGAUAAAGUGCAGAAAACACAUCUUAAACCACUGCAGCUUUUAAAAAGUGAAUGAAGUCCUCCAUUACAACAGCUGUCAGUUUCGUCUGUAAGCACGAAAUGUUUACGGAUCGACUCAACAAAAUACAGCUGCGUACAGUUUGAUGUUCAAUUUUCUACUUCUGUAGUGAACAAACUUCAUUGUACCUUCGCAUGAAUAUGUGUUGACUUUUCCUGAAAAACAGCUUUCAUAAGUUAUCAUGUAAUGAGUGCAAAAACUCUUGUUUUGAAGGCCUGCUGUUUGUUGUUUGACUCAGGUUUGACUGAACUGAGUUUUGAGAAAGUUCGGCGCUUUUAAAUCGUGAGUCAUGAUUGGCUUAUGGUGACUUUAGAGAGAAGACAUGGCUUGAUCACGGUACUAAAACCACAUUUUUUACCUAAAAGGCUCAGUUCUACUAAAAGUUAUUUUAUAAAAGCAAUAGAUCACACUUUCUAUGGGUUUACCGGCGUGAUAACCCACUUGGGAUGUUGGGAGAACACUCGAAAAGCUUGUAAAUCACUCGCCUUCGGCUCGUGAUUUACAAGCUUUUCUCGUGUUCUCCCAACAUCCCGCGUGGGUUAUCACGCCGGUAAACCCGUAGAAAGUGUGGUCUAUUGCUUAAAUGGCUAAGCCAAUGGAUGAUUCAGUUUUUAAUAAAGCAGAUUAUUUAAUGACAAAAAUCAUGAAGGAUACUUAGUUUAUGCGUAAACUAAGCAGCCUCUGUGAUGCUGAAAUGUGGUAUGAAGCGAGCAACUAGGUUUUCUACCAAAUACCGUAAACUGCCGCUUACAAGUCCUGGACUUAUACAUCUUCGUAAGGGGUUUAGGAAGGCUUAUAAACAGAGGGGCUUAUAUCCAAGGGGGCUUAUAACAGAAAUAGAAAAAGCACUUCGAAGAAAGCCGUAGCAGUUCUCAUCAAAAUACGAUUAGUAUUCACUGUAGCCUGCGUAGCAAGCGUUUCCGUUUGGUUUCGGAGCAAAGAAAGACCGAGGAGCGGGAUUUUUGGUUUUGACCGCGCGAAAAAUGGACUUUGCGCGGUCUUGGUCUCUCGUUCCUCGUUCUCUGCUCCGAAACCGCACGGAAACGCUUGCUUUAAUUACAGGUCGAUGGGCCUAUAACUAGGGGAGCGGUGCUUAUUAGUGCCGGACUUAUAAGCGACGGUUUAUUAAAGGUUUACUAAUUUUAAUCUUACCAGGUAUCACGAAGAAUGGAACUGACAGCUCACUCUAUUACCAAUCAAUUGGGGUAGGUCCUCUCAUAAUCUGGACACUACUUCACAGCUUAAUUGCUUUGGCCAUUAUAUUUGCAAACGCACUUGUCAUCGCUUCCUUCGUCAAAAACGCCAACUUGCGCACGCGUACAAACUAUCUCAUAACAAGUCUUGCAUUGGCGGACUUGCUCGUGGGUCUUGUAUCUGUACCUGGCUGGCUUGUACUUGUCCACAAAGAACAGGAGCGUGACUCUGCGUGGUACAAAACUGUCAUAGAAGCAUGGUACGUCUUCGAGAUACUCGGAGGGGUGGGUUCCAUCUUACAUCUUAUGGCACUGAGUUGGGACAGACUGUGUGCUAUUGUCAGGCCGCUCAGGCAUCGUUCCUACUCAAAAAGGAAAUAUUCAGUGAUCAUCUUCCUAACAUGGUUUAGCGCUACUCUCGUCUCGGGCCUCUCUGUACCUGGAAACAAAAUUACCAAGCGGUUAUACAACAUGUCUGUGAUUUGCCUCUGCUUCUUCCUGCCACUCAGCUUGAUCUUCGUGGCCCAAGGAAUAACUCUGUUCACAAUUAAACGCAAAACGUCCAAACUUCACCAAAAUACGAAGCUCAGAAGAGACAUCAGAGCGGCCAAGACCAUCGCCAUCAUGAUAGGCCUGUUUUUGAUUGGCUGGCUCCCGUUCUUUACGUUGGGUUUAGUGCAGUUUGCAAGCGGGAACCUGGCUGUUUUACCCGCGCAUUCAGUAUUUGCAGUUAAACUGCUCCAAUACAGUAAUUCGCUCUUCAAUCCUAUACUGUACGGACAAAACUUUCCGGAAUUUAGGAAUGCAUACGUGAGGAUGUUGUGCUCUGCUAAGUCCAACGAUGAUAGCUUUCGUUUCGGAGGCAGACGUGUUGUGAACAGAAAGACUUUUCGAACCACGUUAUCCACUUAUAAAAGUUAUUCUAGUCCUCUGCCCUCAAAAUCGCCUCGAUCGUCAGGUACAUGGAAUGAACGGCGAGAUCAGAGGUCACGUGUACUGCAAAAAGACGAUAUCUUAGUGUGCAUGGUCAGCGGAUUGUAA